AUGCGAGAGAGGUUGAACAUCAGUCCUGGCACUCCACUGAUUAGCAGUCAGAUGGGCGAGGUGCAGUGGUACGCCUACCUGGGCAGUCCGCCGCCAGUGAUUCGGCGUCGAGCUGUUCUGAGCCAAGGUCAUGUUCCGCGGGCUGCAGCUGCUGUUCCCAAGUUCAUUCGAGAGAUGCAGGUGACUUUAGGAACAGCUCCAAAUGUGGACAUCUCGCAGAUGACUACGAUCCCAGGAGAUGUGCAGGUCGGACUUUCUUUGGAUAUCCUUGGUCCUCGAAGCCCUGCAGCAGUGUCAGCGCCAUCGGUGACCGAGGAGAUGCAGCAAGAGAUGAGGGCAUUGGCUAGCCAAGUCGCAGGUAGCAAAGGUGACGAGCCUCUGAAGAGCUUGGCCAGGCUCAACCCACCGGAACUGCACCAUCAAGUUCAUCAAGAAGUGAAACGAUAUCAGUCCACGGGAGUGGUGAAGGCUCAGGAGAAAACGCUGGAGAGCGAGGCGAAGAGCCCGGAUCUCAGUCCCGCAGUCUUCAAAGCAUUACCGAGCCAGAGGCAAGUGGCCAUCGUAGUUUGGGAGCACAUUUGGACCGACAACUGGGAGGUUGGUGCCACGCCAAGCCGGGUCACAAGGCCGACUGAAGCGUCAGCAAGAAGGUCGCAGGCUGGAUCUGAAAUUGCUGUCACGUUUCUGCAUGAUCUCACUGAGCAGGAUACAACCUUCUACCAGUACGACAAAAGUCAGCUAGGUCCGUUUCGUCGCAAGAAGGAGUCCACUGGACCAGUCGUGCGCGAUGUCACGCCCAGCGCAUGGGCUUUGGCAACAUCACGGUCAUCGCCGUCGUUGGAAACUCGCAUGGUUCUGGGCCGGCAGGUGCGGGAAACAGCCAUGGCGACGCCUAGGUCAAGUUUGGGCCGAAGUCUGGGUCGUGGUCAGAAAGAAAUUGAAGAAGUGUUGGAGCACAAAGGAUCCACCCUCCAAUGUUGCAAUCUGCUUUGGGAUUCCUGGUCUGUCACUCAGCCAGUUGCAAAGGCAGCGCCAACGCUCGACCGUCAGUUUAAGUUGAGCAUUGUCCUCCACAGCGCAACAGUGGAGAAGAUCUCAGGGCCUGGUCUAGUUCAGGAUCAACGUCCCUACAUCACCAUUCGCAUCAAUGACAAGCUGAAGGUGGCACCGCAAGUGCUCCUCAAAUUGUGUUUCCCAGUUGAAACAGAGUUGGGUGAUUGGUGUUCCGACAAGGAACAGUGGUGCUUUCGAGAGGUCAUCACAUUAGAAGUUGUCCCAACUGAUGAGAUCUUCGUUGCAGUAAGCAGCAGCACCAAGUAUGACUUCUGGCUGGCAUCCGUGCAGCUAACAAAUACCAAAAUCGGCGAGGCGUGCUUUCCCGUGUUCUCUGUGAUGCCGCGGCUGAAGCCUGAGGACCGUGACGAGAAUGGUAUCGUCUUUUCCUCUCCCAUUAUCCCUUUCGACGUCAGGGAAGAUGGGGUCACUACUGCUCGCACCUACCUCUCCUUUGAAACAAUGCAGGCUCCCAUGACGUCACGUCAGCACCGACCUUCUGAAGGUGGCUGUUGCGAAAUCUCGAGGAAGGAAGCGAAUCCUUCCAGAAGUGCUACCCCGGCACUGCGGUCGCGGAGGAAGGACUUCAAGGCUCCGGUACCUCAAACAAUACCUCCUGGGGCGCGGCCACGUACUCUGGGCGGCCAACUAUUGCACACCAAGGAUCCAAAGAUCAUCGCAGAGUUCAAGGUGCCCAAGGAAACGCAACGCUAUCAGGAUUAUCCCUGUGGACGUCGAUCCCCCCGUGCCCGAUACAGCGCAACCAUCAAGGAAUGGGAGAGGCCCCAAGAGAUGAUCCUACGGGAGCCGGUGAUGCUUGGCAAGGUGGCCAGGAUCGACUGGGAAGCGAGAUGUCAGAAAGCCAAGUGA